AUGGUUUUAMACAGGAAGCCCAAAGAACAAACCAUAAGCUUAGCAAUGGCGGAAACAGUUGAUUACAUUUUCUAUGGUGGGGCGAUUCUGACAAUGGACGAUGAUUGCCCAAAUCCAGAAGCUAUUGGUUUCAAAGGAAAGACAAUCCAUACAGUAGGAACGAAAGAUCAUGUGUUUUCGUUCACAGGUCCACACACCAAGUACGUGGUACUCAAAGGAAGUCAAACACUUCUUCCAGGCUUGAUCGAGCCACAUCAACAUCCUACCCUCAUGAUAGAGCCUCGAUGUUCAUUCGUAAGCUGCAGUGGUUAUCAUUAUGACUCCUAUAAACAAAUAGAAGAGGUCAUCAAGAAAACUGUGGCUGGAGUUGACCCAACCAGUGGAAAGUGGUGUGUUUUUGUUGGAUGGGAUCCCUUAAUAGUCAGUGAUCUGCCUCAGUUAAACUUGGAGACCCUUGACGCGUUCUCGCUCGAUGUCCCUAUACUUGUCAUAAGUGAAAGUCGACACGAAUCAUGGGCGAAUCGCAAAGCUUUUGAAGCUGCAGGGAUCGACGAAUCAGCAGAUCCCGAAGGCGGGUGUUUUGUGAGAGAUGAAGUGACAAAGAAGCUAACAGGCAAGCUUUUGGAGCCAUCGGCCUGGCAGGCUUUUCUUAGCCGCGCUUCCAAACCUACAAUAAAGGAAAUAGCUCAAGCUGUCGACGACCAGUGGAAAGAAUAUGCAUGCGCUGGUUUUACAACAGUUGCUGAGCUACUUCACGCACCAGACGAAGAGAUCGAUAGGGCUGUACGGAAUAAGGCUGGCCAGCCUGACUGUCCAAUACGUCUAGCUAUAUAUGAACAGAUUUCUAACUCCGAAGAUGCAUCAAAAAUCAAACCCAGUGCGAUCUGUCCCGAUAAAAACGACUUGGCUCUAAACGACAAGCUUUGGUUCGCCGGGGUCAAGAUUAUCAGCGAUGGGUCCCCCCGGUGUGGGUCUUGCGCCACGCGUGAGCCGUUUCUURCUAACGAAAAGACCGAAAACUUUGGAUUCCUACCCUCUCCUUCAUAUGGUUCUUUGAACUACACAAACGAGGAACUUCUUCAUAUGGUGCAGCAAGGCCACAACAGAGCCAAGCAGAUUGCAAUACACGCGCACGGGGAGAGAGCCAUCGAACAAGUGUUAAACGUGUAUGAAAAGGUAACAGAAAUGUUAUUGCGCUUGUGA